AUGGGUUUCAUAUCCUCCAAAAUCCUCAUACAGGCUCAUGCCUUUUGGCUAGUCGUUCUAGCCAUCCAUUUAAUGAGGUCACCAGCAGUCAUCACCGACUCCGACGUCGUCUUCAUGCUGGGGGAGCUCCUGCAACUGGAUGCAUCUCCAUCGUUCUCCCGUCCUCAACCUCCCUUUGCCUUGUGCGGAAUCCUUCUAAUCGUCGACGCCCUGGUCGACUACAUCCUUGUGUCCAAAAUUCCGCAGACUAAUGAAGUCCUCGCAAUGGCUGAGGCCGCACGGUCUCACGCUCCGGGCUCCGUGGCAGGGGCCAUGCGCGCGAAUCCCUUCAUGGCUCGGCUCGGCUCGCUCUACUCAGAAGUCUGGACGUUCCUUUCCGCCACACGCUUCUGUGUCUUCUUCGCCGUCUCGUUUUUCAUCUACCAAAGUCAGCCAUCUGCGAGAAAUAUCAUGGAGAGCCCAGGGGAUGCGUCUGCAUUGGCACAGCUCAAGAACCCGGCAAUUUUCACAUUCGGGUUUAUGGAGAUGAUGUUCUGGCUCUGGAUAUUCGUUACUAUCCGGGAGGAGAAACAAGCAGUGGCUUCGCGGUUUGUAGAGCGUGAUCAAUAG